CUACCUGUGCAGCUAUAUCGACUGUGAUUUCGGAGAAGUGAACUGUUGCUUUUCAGCAUGGGGACUACACGAUUUAUUCUACUUGCACUGCUUCUUUGUUCAAGUCUAUGUCUGGCUCAAGUUUACACAAACCCAAAUAAAACAACAGUACCACCUGGACCAGACCCAGAUAAAACAACCACUGCAGCACCACCUGGACCCGACCCAGAUAAAACAACCACUGCAGCACCACCUGGACCAGACCCAGAUAAAACAACCACUGUGAAACCACCUGGACCCGACCCAGAUAAAACAACCACUGCAGCACCACCUGGACCAGACCCAGAUAAAACAACCACUGCAGUACCACCUGGACCAGACCCAGAUAAAACAACCACUGCAGCACCACCUGGACCCGACCCAGAUAAAACAACCACUAUGAAACCACCUGGACCAGACCCAGAUAAAACAACCACUGCAGUACCACCUGGACCCGACCCAGAUAAAACAACCACUGCAGCACCACCUGGACCAGACCCAGAUAAAACAACCACUGCAGUACCAAUUCCUACAAAACCAAAAGGUCCCUGCAAUAGCAACCCUUGCCCUCCAAGCAGCAAGUGUGAGGAGCUUCUUGAUGAGUACAGAUGUCUUUGUGAAGCUGGACUCAUCUACAAUAAAGAAGAAAAUGUGUGUAAACAAGCAAAAGUCUUCGCUGGAGACUUGACAGUGUCAGGAACAUAUGACCAAGAGAUGGCAGAUAAAACCUCUAAGGCUUUUAAAAAUACAUCAGAUGCGAUUGUCAAUAAUCUCAAGAACGCAUUUACAGACCCAGAUUUGAAAUAUGAUUCCUCAGUGGUCAUCAGUUUAAAGCCGGCUAGUACCACAGUUAAAGUGCUGUACAGGACAACUAGGACUGGUAUCACAGCUGAGGUUACCAAUGUCUUUCAAAUGGACUCUGCAGUCGAUGAAGCUAAAGUAAAAGCAGCAGCAGCAACUGUGGGAACAUUCACAGUCACUAAACUAUGUGCUAAGAAUCCCUGCAAUGCGGAGACGGCACUCAAAUGCAACGAUGAAGGAGGUGUAGUCAACUGCACUUGCAGGAAAGGGUUUGCAUGGACAAAGGACAAUAAUUACAUAACAUGCGCAGUAUGCUCAAGUGGUAAAAAGGCAGAUGCUGGGAAGUGUAUAAAUUGUCCAACUGGCUACAGUGGAAUUAAUUGCAAAGACAAUUACCUGCUGAUAGUGAUUGUGGUAUCCAGUGUGCUCGGUGUGCUGUUGGUUGUCUCUAUGUUAGUCACUACAUAUGCCUUCCUUGGAAAACCAAAAGGCAAGAAAGGCAAGAAGGACAAGUCCAAAGCCAAUGAUAUGGCUAUGACCUUCCCUAACCUAGCGACUGACACCAAACCCAACUUCACAGUCCCACGCGUUGGCGGGGGCACGGAGAUGACCAAAGAUUACACCAGGCCCAACUCAAAUAUGGGCCGUACCACAAACAUGAACGGCUAUCACGCCAACGCGUCGACGGGUAUGGAGAGCAACAGUGGCGCAAUGAGUGGCUACCGUGCUCAGACUGGCCAGAGCCUUGACCGAGCUGCAAGCAUGAGCGGUUACCGUGCCAACACCCCCACUAAUAUGGGAAUGAGUGGAGGUGGCAUGGGUGGAGGUGGCAUGAGUGGUUACCGUGCCAACAUCCCCACUAAUGCAGGCAUGGGCGGAGGUGGCAUGGGUGGAGGUGGCAUGAGUGGUUACCGUGCCAACACCCCCACUAAUGCAGGCAUGGGCGGAGGUGGCAUGGGUGGAGGUGGCAUGAUGGGCGGUGUCCAGGCAAACCAGAACCGUGCCAACAACUGGCGGAAUCCAACCUAUGAAGAACCAAAUAACUCAAACUAUGGCAUUCCUCGUGUAGGCCAAGCCAAUCAGCCCCGUAACAAUCCCUACAGCCCCUACUAAAGCCAGGCUUUAACACUAUUCCAGUCAAUGAGAGAGAGAGAGAGAGGGAGAGCAAGAGGGAGAGAGAGAGAAAGAGGAACCGAGAGAGGAAGGUGCUUGUUUAGCCAAUUUGCACUCUUAAAUGUUUUGCUCAGUUGUGAAAUAACAGAAUACUGAAUCUCUGCACCUUAGCACUUAUGACUCAUUCCUCACUCAAAUGAAAUGUAAGGAAUCGUAAUUGCCGACAUAAAAAGAUCAUCUUAUAUAACAUUGGGGUUAUACUAUAUAUAUUGGGGUUGUUCUAAGUAAAUUAAUUUUGAAUUCUUCUAAAUACAAAAUGCUAAAUUAUUAUUUUACUUUAUUUACACAUGUAUCGAUAAGCUGAGAUAAAUAAAAAAAAUGCAGUUUAUUGCUUGCAGCAAACCAGAUAAUCCUACUCUUAUGGCAACAAUGGAUGCAUAACUUCAUGAAUUAAAGCUUCUAUAAAUUACCUGGGCGGUGUGCAUUGCCUUCUUACAAACAAUUACAACACAUUUAGUAAAAUGUAAAUGGUAAUCUCUAGUUAUAUAGUAUAUUAUAAUAAUAGAAACAGUUUGAUACAAGGGGAAUUUGUGAUUACUGUAUUCAUGAUUAUAUGUGAAUGAUAGACACAUACAUAGCAAACCCAUAUGUCUUUCUAAGACUUUGUAAGACAAACCCGUCCUGAAUAAAUAUGGCUGACAGCAUUCCCUGUUGGGUAGCUGAGAACCCUAGAUUUGAUUUGGUUCGGGUCCGCUGGAUGUGUUUUUGCCUGUCCUGUUUGUAUUGCAGGGGUGGAGCUUAUUGAGCAGAUGUGUCUGGUGGGCCCUAAUUGGCCAUAACAAAGGGCUACCUGGCUGCUCUGCAGUGUUCCUCCUCUCUGCUUUGGACCACUUUAGACAUUUGUUUUGCUUCAUACACCACACUGCAUUCAUUUAGACUUCCAUUGCACUUUUAUUUCUUUUACCACACUUAUCCCCAUGUUUUUUCUCUUAUUGUGUACCAUUGUUUACUUUAAUAAAUAAAAUAUUGUUCUAACUUCA